AAUCAGUAACGGCCGAGCCCUAACUGUCCUCGUCUACUCUUUUGAUAAGCGUUCCGUUUUACUAAUCCGGCCCAACCGCUGCAGUGAUUGAUAUUUCUGCUGUCCAAUCGCACACUUAUUGCGCCUAGGUUCUGAUGACGACAGGAGGGAAGGGGGAGGGUCGGUAGCAACAGUUGCCCGGGUGAGGGACGGAGCGGCCAUAGCCACGGUAGUCGUGGCGACAAGAACCCCGGCAACGGGAAUCAACAACAACAACCGCCGUCAGCUCGUUCCCCGGUUCACCCCCACCUUGCACACCCCCAUAUUCCGUUACAAGCAGGUUGGGACUCGAUCCCCUGACCACCGGACACUCCCAGGGAUCUGGCGCUGAAGUGAAGCCGCGUCUCUCCGUGAGUGCGCAGAGGCGAGACACUGACAGGCGAGCGGGUGGCGGCACCCAAGAUGGCUACCCAGGCCUACGUGACGGAACUCCAGUCAACCCCGCCGGCGUCGGCACAGGCUGCUCCCCAGCAAUAUGUAGCCGAGCUGCAGGUGGCGCCACAGACCCCCACCCCGACUCCCCAACCCGGGGCUCCGCAGACCCCGGCCCCUCAGCAGUACAUUGUGGUGACCGUGUCAGAAGGAUCCAUGAGGGCCAGCGAUGGAGAACUCAGUCCUGGAGGAUCCGCUGCUGCGCAGGUUGCGGUGCCAACGCAGGUGGUGCAGCAAGUGCAGGCGGCACAGCAGCGUCUGGUGGUGCAGACUACCCCGCAGGCCAGCAAGGCGGCGCAGGUCUCCCUGGCGGUGCAUACCGUCCAGCAACCGGCACACUCCCCGACUGAGAGCGACAGCCCAGGCCUGAGUCAGGACAAGGCGCACGGAGAGUGCUCGGUGGUACAGACAACACCCCAGCCUCAAAAGUCUCCCCCUGUCCACCAGCUGACUAUCCAGGGGAUGCAGCACGUCCAGGGGACCCCAGAGGUCCAGCAGUUGCAGCAGGUCCCAGUACAACACGUGUACCCCGGCCAAGUUCAGUACGUCGAGGGAGGAGACGCGAGCUACACCGCAAGCACCAUCCGCUCCGGAUCAUACACUUACACCGAGACCCCCUUGUACAGCCAGGCCACGGGAUCCACUUACUACGAGUCUCCGAGCGGUGCAGGCCAGGUCAGCUCACCCACCUCGUCUCCGGCUGUAGCCAGCAGCCCCUCUGUUCCCAUGUACGUAUCUGGGGGGCAGAUCCUCGCCAAUGCCACCCCAGCCACUGCUUCUGGGGGAACUGGAGGAGGUGGCGGAGGAACGGGAUCUGGGACCUAUGUGAUCCAAGGUGGAUUCAUAAUGGGCAGUUCUACUCAGUCCUACUCUCACACCACACGUGCCUCCCCUGCCACGGUGCAGUGGUUGCUGGACAAUUACGAGACCGCGGAAGGGGUGAGCCUCCCUCGCAGCACUCUGUAUUGCCACUACCUGCUGCACUGCCAGGAGCAGAAGCUGGAACCCGUCAAUGCUGCCUCCUUCGGAAAGCUCAUACGGUCCGUCUUCAUGGGGCUGAGGACACGCCGGCUGGGCACCAGGGGGAACUCCAAAUAUCACUAUUACGGCUUACGGAUCAAAGCCAGCUCUCCGCUACUGCGCCUGAUGGAGGACCAGCAGCACCUCGCCAUGCGCCAGCAACCGUUCUCCCAGAAACAGAGGUCAAAGCCAUUCCAGAAAAUGGAGGGGAUGAGUAACGGGGUCGCGGCCUCCCAGCAGCAGCCGUCAGGCCUGUCCGAUAUCAGCUCCCAGGUGCAGCAGUACCAGCAGUUUCUGGAUGCCACCAAGACUUUGCCAGAAUUUGCAGAGAUAGAUCUACAAGGAAAGUCGCUCCCUGAUGGAAUCACCCUCGCCAACAUAAAGGCCUUUCAGCUGCUGUAUCGGGAGCACUGCGAGGCUAUCGUGGAUGUGGUGGUGAACCUGCAGUUCACGCUGGUGGAGACCCUUUGGAAAACAUUCUGGCGGUUCAACCAGACCCAGCACAACGACAGCACAGUCGAUGACGAGGCGGAGAAGCGCUUACCCAAGGACUGUCUUGUGCUUUUGUCCAAAUACGAGCCUUUACUGAAGUGGUGCCGGGACUGCGAUCACCUCCUCUACCAGGGCUUAGUAGAGACCCUCAUACCAGACGUUCUGCGCCCCAUCCCCAGUGCCCUCACGCAAGCCAUACGCAACUUUGCCAAGAGCCUGGAGAGCUGGCUAACGAGCGCCAUGAUGAACAUCCCCGAAGAGAUGGUGCGCAUCAAGGUUGGUGCUGCAAGUGCCUUCGCCCAAACACUGCGCCGUUACACUUCGCUAAAUCACCUGGCGCAGGCGGCUCGGGCCGUGCUUCAGAACACCGCACAGAUCAACCAGAUGCUUAGCGAUCUCAACCGCGUGGACUUCACCAACGUACAGGAGCAGGCCUCCUGGGUCUGUCGUUGCGCGGACCGCGUGGUCCAGCGGCUGGAGCAGGAUUUCAAGAUGACGCUGAUGCAGCAGAGCUCCCUGGAGCAAUGGGCAGUCUGGCUCGACAGCGUCGUCACCCAAGUGCUCAAACCGUACCAGGGGAACCCAGGCUUCCCCAAAGCUGCCAAACUUUUUCUGCUGAAAUGGUCGUUCUACAGCUCCAUGGUGAUCCGCGAUCUGACCCUGAGAAGCGCCGCCAGCUUCGGUUCGUUCCACUUAAUCCGCCUGCUGUACGAUGAGUACAUGUAUUAUCUGAUCGAGCACCGCGUGGCACAGGCGCGCGGGGAGACCCCCAUUGCCGUCAUGGGAGAGUUUGCCAACGCUGGGAGCUCCUUGCAGCCUAUGGACCCGGAUAAAGAUGAAGAGGAGGAAGAGGAUGACGAGAGCGACGAAGAACUGACCCAGGAGCUGCCCCUGAACCCGAGUGACCCCUCCAACCCGCUGGGCUCCGAUUCCCUGGAGCCGCCGGCAAAGCUGGCGCGGACCGACUCGCAGGGGAUCUUUGUACAGGUUUCCCCAAACUCUUAAACCGCCCGGCUCCGGCCCGAAACCCGCACCAAAGCCUUCGCAGAACAGCAAAAAUGGGGUAACCGGCGCGCUCCCCUUUAACAAAGAAUGCAAAGCGCUCCGGUUCAGAACGUAACCCAUCACCUCCGAAAUCUAAGGAAAAGGGCUGUUAAAAGAGCAUUUUAUGUAUAUUCUAUCGAGAGGAACGAGCGUGUAAAUCCCGUAUAAAGCUAAAUGUCUGCCGUAUACGUCGUCCGCCGUGGAGCCUCCACCUAAAGCUAACGCCGUGCGUGAAAAGGGCCGAAGAUCGGUGUAAUUCUGUAUAUAGCUUACUGAAUGCGCC